AUGAGCUCUAUGCGCGCUGCAGGGCGCGAUUUCAUGCAGGGCCGCCAUAUCAAUCAGUAUCUCCAGCGGAACCAAAUCACUGAUCCUCGCUUCGAUCGGAUUAUCUCUAAAUCCGACUUGGGAUUGGGAGAAUCAGCUAACGCGCUUCCCGCGUCAAAACCGACUUCGAUAAAGCGAUCCCACAACACUUUGAGAUGCCGUCUAACGCACAGCGAUACCUACUUUACUAAGCCGCAGCGAGCUCCAGUCUGCGCUCGUCUGAAAGGGAGUGAAAUAAAUCAAAGCCUGCGCUUCAGAAAGUGGUCUGAGUGUCACAACCAAAACGCCGUCGUUGCAAGCGCAUACAAAGUUCGAAAGCCUACAGUUCCUUUCAUAGGCACUACAAUCUCUAGGGCUGUAGAGAUUACUAGCAGAGCUGUGAUAAUGGCUAUUCUUGGCAAGACUCUACACUAUCUGGAGCUGCAUACAGCACUCUUCUCUUCAGCCAUAUCUACAAACUAUCGCCUCGUAGCAAAUUAUACCGGGUCUUAUACAGAAACUUUAACCGCGCGAAAAGCCUCAUCUUAA